AUGGCUGCUGAGGAUAUAAGGAUUGGUAACAAAUUGAAGAGGCAAGAGUUGUUUGCUGAGGUCAAGGACCAGAAGAACAAGGAGCGUCAUACAAUGAGAAGACAGAGAGCUAAGGAGGAGAGAGAUAACCCAGAAUUGAAAGAAAAAAGAUUAAAAGAAAAUGUCACAAACACUAUAGAGUCUAUGAGAGUUUAUGAUGAAACUAUUACUAAAGAUAUCGAAGGUGAUGAAGAUGAAUUAAUGAAAUUUUUCAAUUCAGACAAUAAUAACCCACCUAAGAUUUUGGUUACCACCAACGUCAAUGCCAAGAAGAAAGCUUACGAAUUUGCUAACGUUUUAAUUGAAGUAUUACCAAAUGUCACUUUUGUUAAACGUAAGUUUGGAAUUAAGUUAAAGGAUAUGGCAGACAUGUGUGAGAAAAGAGAUUUCACAGAUAUUGUAAUUAUCAAUGAAGAUAAGAAAAAAGUUACUGGUUUAACUUUCAUGCAUCUGCCAGAGGGUCCUACAUUUUAUUUUAAAUUAAGUUCAUACGUUGAAGUAACCAAGAUAACCGGGCACGGUAGACCAACAAGUCAUAUACCAGAAUUAAUAUUGAACAAUUUCCAAACAAGAUUAGGUAAAACUGUCGGCAGAUUGUUCCAAAGUAUAUUCCCAAAAAAUCCAGAGUUUGAAGGCAGACAAGUCAUCACUCUUCAUAAUCAAAGAGAUUAUAUAUUUUUUAGAAGACAUCGUUAUGUUUUCAGAAAUGAAGAAAAAGUUGGUUUACAAGAAUUAGGCCCACAAUUUACAUUGAAACUAAAACGACUACAAAGAGGUAUUAAAGAAGAAACAGAAUGGGAACAUAAACCAGAAAUGGAUAAACAAAAGAAACAAUUUUACUUAUAG